AGGCCUCAGUUUCCCUGUCUGCUCAGUUGAUCCAGGUCCAGGGUGCGGGAGUUGGGGCCGCCUGUGUCACCUAGAACCGGGCGUUGCCCUGGUUGGGCUUCAGUUUCUGCGCUUGGCAGGGGCGGGGUGUGAGGGGAUAUGCGAACCUCGCUCCCACUCCAGGGUUUUGCUAAGCUUGGGCCACCAAAUUGAAUUGUUAAAUGCCCUGGGUGGAAUCGCGUUGCCUCUCCGCCUGGCCGUUUUACCUUGGGCAAUUGAGCCGGCCCCUGUGAGCCUUAGUUCUCCUCCGAGAUGAGAGUGUUUGCCUCAUAGGCGUGGUUGGGGAUUAAAUUUGCUCAUGUUCUUGGAAACACCUUAGAGGGUCUCGUCAAAAUGCUGAUUCCCGCGCCCCAACUUAAAACGUCUUCAACACUCACCUUGGAGAAACAGCCUGCUCGGAAUUAAGCUUAUCACCGUUGGUUUCAGUCCCCACAAACAGGACUGUGAGAUUGUUAUUCCCAUUUUCUGGAUGAGAAAACUGGUUCAGAAAGGCAGCGGCGGAGGAGGAAGACAUGGACCCCCCGGCCUCGGCCUCGAGGGUCUUCUGCAGCCGCAUCCUGAGCAUGGUGAAUGUGGAUGACGUCAAUGCCAUCAUCCUGGCCCAGAAGAACAUGCUGGACCGCUUUGAGAAGACCAAUGAGAUGCUGGUGAACUUCAACAAUCUGUCAAGUGUCCGCCUGCAGCAGAUGAGUGAGCGCUUCCUGCACCACACGAGGACCCUGGUGGAGAUGAAGCGGGACCUGGACAGCAUCUUCCGCAGGAUCAGGACGCUGAAAGGGAAGCUGGCCAGGCAGCACCCGGAGGCCUUCAGCCACGUUCCGGAGGCGUCCCUCCUAGAGGACGAGGAUGAAGACCCCAUCCCGCCCAGCACCACGACCACCAUCGCCACUUCCGAACAGAGCACAGGCUCCUGUGACACCAGCCCCGACACUGUCUCACCCUCUCUCAGCCCUGGCUUCGAGGAUCUGUCCCAUGUCCGACCUGACUCCCCUGCCAUCAAUGGCCGCAGCCAGACAGAUGAGGAGGAGAUAUUGGACGAGUAGCCCUGCUCCCAGGCACUCCGAGGGAUCUCAGGGCCGUGGUGGCACUCUCUAUGUGUCUGAGGUGGCAGCAGGUAACUCUGCCUUGAGAUGGUCAGCUUUGCCACCCUAUUCUGUCAUCUGGGGCUUCCUGGGGGACAAGGCUCCUUCCCAGGGGUGUGGAAUUCCUGGAGGUCUGUCAUUCCCACUCCUUCCUCACUAAGAGCCUCUCCUGCAGACCCUCUGCCAGGCCGGAGGAUGAACAACAGCCAGCUGGCAUUGUUGGGCGGGGCACAAGGAAGUUUUUCCAGAAACCAAAGCCAGAUGUCCCCUACCCCAGCACCCUGGUCAGGACCUCCUUGAUGUGGACAAGCGCUAUCAUAUCUGAGUUCACCCCAGCUCACUCCCACACUUACUAAUUCUGGUCUCCCUGCCCCUUUCUCCAACAAAAUUAUUAAAUACUUUCUCCAAUUGGUAUCACAAGGAGGUUUCUGAAAUAGUUGUAGAAAGCUCAAGACAAAUGCUGCCCAUCCGCUCAGCCCUGAGCCUGGUAAGGCCCAUGUUUCUCUGACCAGAGGUGUGGCCCGAGGGCUCUGCAAGUCUCUCCCAGGGCCUCCAGGGCGCAAGCCGAGCCGCCUUGGAAAACAGAGUUUAAUGGAAUAUUUUUGUACCUGUUAUUUACAGAUGCUGUUGGGAAGUUAUCAAUAAAAAGACUCGGUUCUAAAAAAAAAAAAAAGAAGGGUGUACCUAGCAGUAGUUUCCUUCCAUCCUUUGGUACAUCAGCUCAAACGGGAUUGGAUGUGGGACAGGAGGGGGGGUGGCCAGGCACCACUAGACUAGGAAGAGAGGUGGCUGCCCUUGGUGGGGGUCCUCGGUGGUGGCAGCCAUGGUAAGUUCCUGUCACCAUCAUUGCUCACAGCCCUGUUCCCUUACCUCCCUGAAUAACUCCUUCAGAACCCCGUCGCUGGGUAGGCUCCUCGAGGAGCUGAGCUGGUCCCAUUCCCCAUUAAACACUCACGGGUCCCUUCAUCUUUGAAGCACUUAUCGAUUGUGAUUAAAGGCAUCUUCCCUGAUCCGAGAGUGUCUGCUUUUGCCUGGUCCAUAGGGGCGCUGGGAAGAGUCCAAGGAAAUAAAGAGGUGCACUGCCAAGCCCACAAGUCACUUCUCGGUCAUCACCUCUUUAUGGC